AUGUCGUCUUUUGUUCAAGCAUACAAAAUCGACCAGUCCUGUGAUGCCAAAGGUGUUACGGUGGACGUCCGUAACGCGAUGACUUCGGCUUUCGAGAUGGUAUCCGCAGCAUACGAGACUCUGACGCAACCUCCCCUGAGCUCUGAUGCGCAGGACCUGGUUGGAUUCCUAUUCGCAAGGGAAGGAGCAAAUCCCGCUCAGCUUCUCCAGCAAGGCAAGCUAGAGAAGACCAUCACAUUGUUGAGAAACAUUCGGACAUACAUGUCAACAGAGGUGACGGGCGACGCAACUGUCAGCGCUUCGGAUGUGAUCAUCUUCUGUCACUACGAUCGCUGGGUACAACUUGAAGGGCACAAGGACCUCUGGGAAGAUACCACAAACGGAUACAAACUGAAAUUCAAUGAGCAACAAUGCAGAGGUUCGAUACUCGAUAACGUUGCUUUAGCAGUGUCAGCCAACCUUCCAGCGAAGCAGAUUGAACAAGAAAUAGCGAACACAGGGGUGUUUAAAACGACAACCGUUAGACGGCCAGCACAGAUUCAGCUCUGCUCAUGGUUCGUGGACUGGAUCAAACAAAAGGAGUACAAAACCGCCGACGACGUCCAAAAGCGAACAAAGAUUGGUAGAAAGAUGAUCAAUAGGGCAGCAUCGAACCGCAUGACCUUUGGCUUAGGCCUGAACCAAAUUGGACGCAGACUGAUCACAACAAUCCUAGAUGCCUACUCCUUGUUGGACAAAGUUCUUUUGCAUGAGAUGACACAUGCUCGCGGUGCUUUCCAAGAAUGGACCAAGAAAGGUGUGGUCGAAGGCAUCAAAGACGUACUUACACCCAAUGUCAUCCUCAGGCCAUUCAACUGGGCAGCGUACGGUUGGGAGGGUGUGGGAAAGCUUGCUCGUAAAGGCGGCGAGCUUAAUACCCCCGGUGGACCAGACAACAAUGCUGAUACAAUAGCUCUCUUCGGAAGCGGUACGUGA